AUGGCGUUGGGCUUGGAGCAGGCGGAGGAGCAGCGGCUGUACCAGCAGACGCUCCUGCAGGACGGGCUCAAGGACAUGCUGGACCACGGCAAGUUCCUCGACUGCGUGGUGCGGGUGGGUGAGCGCGAGUUCCCAUGCCACCGCCUGGUGCUGGCUGCCUGCAGCCCCUACUUCCGGGCGCGCUUCCUGGCCGAGCCCGAGCGCGCGGGCGAGCUGCGCCUGGAGGAGGUGUCCCCUGACGUGGUGGCCCAGGUGCUACACUACCUGUACACGUCAGAGAUCGCGCUGGACGAGGCAAGCGUGCAGGACCUGUUCGCCGCGGCGCACCGCUUCCAGAUCCCAUCCAUCUUCACCAUCUGCGUGUCCUUCCUGCAGAAGCGCCUGUGCCUCGCCAACUGCCUGGCGGUCUUCCGCCUAGGCCUCCUGCUCGACUGCGCGCGCCUUGCCGUGGCCGCCCGCGACUUCAUCUGCGCGCACUUCUCGCUGGUGGCCCGCGACGCCGACUUCCUCGGGCUCUCAGCUGACGAGCUCAUCGCCAUCAUCUCCAGCGAUGGCCUCAACGUGGAGAAGGAGGAGGCCGUUUUCGAGGCGGUGAUGAGAUGGGCGAGCAGCGGCGACGCCGAGGGGCAGGCCGAGCGCCAGCGCUCGCUGCCCACCGUCUUCGAGAGCGUGCGCUUCCGCCUGCUGCCGCGCGCCUUCCUAGAGAGCCGCGUGGAGCGCCACCCUCUCGUGCGUGCCCAGCCCGAGCUGCUGCGCAAGGUGCAGAUGGUGAAGGAUGCGCACGAGGGCCGCAUCACCGUGCUGCGCAAGAAGAAGGAGAAGGGGAAGGAGGCAGUGGGGGCCAAGGCCACUGACAAGGGCACAGUCGAAGCCAAGGCAGAGGAGGAAGAAGAGGAGGCCGAGCGCGUCCUACCCGGGAUCCUCAAUGACACCCUGCGCUUUGGCAUGUUCCUACAGGACCUCAUUUUCAUGAUCAGUGAGGAGGGCGCCGUGGCCUAUGACCCGGCAGCCAACGAGUGCUACUGUGCCUCCCUCUCCACCCAGAUCCCCAAGAACCACGUCAGUCUAGUGACCAAGGAGAACCAGGUCUUCGUGGCUGGGGGUCUUUUCUACAAUGAGGACAACAAAGAGGACCCCAUGAGUGCUUACUUCUUGCAGUUUGACCACCUGGACUCAGAGUGGCUGGGGAUGCCGCCGCUGCCCUCGCCGCGCUGCCUCUUCGGCCUGGGAGAGGCUCUUAACUCCAUCUACGUGGUCGGCGGCCGAGAACUCAAGGACGACGAGCGUAGCCUGGACUCGGUCAUGUGCUACGACAGGCUGUCGUUCAAAUGGGGCGAAUCGGACCCGCUGCCUUAUGCCGUGUACGGCCACUCUGUGCUCUCCCAUAUGGACCUUGUCUACGUCAUUGGCGGCAAAGGUAGCGACAGGAAGUGCCUGAACAAGAUGUGCGUCUAUGACCCUAAGAAGUUCGAGUGGAGGGAGCUGGCCCCCAUGAAGACUGCCCGCUCACUCUUCGGGGCCACCAUCCAUGACGGCCGCAUUUUUGUGGCUGCUGGGGUCACAGACACAGGGCUGACCAGUUCAGCUGAGGUGUACAACAUCGUGGACGGCAAGUGGGCACCCUUUGAGGCCUUCCCACAAGAGCGCAGCUCGCUCAGCCUGGUCAGCCUGGCGGGCACGCUCUAUGCCAUCGGCGGCUUUGCUACACUGGAGACUGAGUCCGGGGAGCUGGUUCCCACAGAGCUCAACGACAUCUGGAGGUACAAUGAGGAGGAGAAGAAGUGGGAGGGGGUCCUGCGGGAGGUCGCCUAUGCCGCUGGCGCCACCUUCCUACCUGUACGGCUCAAUGUGCUGCGCCUGACCAAGCUGUGA